AGAAGGGCCCGAAACCCUAGCCUUUCCUUCGAAUAAUAUAUUCAAACUCCUAACCCUACCAAUUUCAUCCCUCACCGUAUCUCCAAAAUUCACCUAUCUCAAAACCCUUCCCACUCCCAGUUUCAAUUCGAAAAAAUGGCGAAGAAGCGCGCAGCGGAGGAGAACCCGCCGCCGCAGAAGUCAGAGGAGGAAGAAGAAGACGAGGAGGGAAGCGAAGAGGAAACCGAGUCCUCCGAUGACAACAACACGUCCUCUGCUGCUGCUGCCAAUCAGGGGAAGCAUGCAUCGAACUCUUCCGACUCCGAGCCGGAAUCCAGUUCGGAUCGGUCUUCUCCUUCGGCUUCCGCCUUUCAGGUGAAGCCCGUCACGCCCACCAUGAUCAAGAAGCCCACCCCCGCGGCCUCAAUCGAUCCCGAAGCUGCGGCCGGCAAGAAGAAAUCUGCUGGCAUCAGUGGCGGGAAUGAAGAAGAAGAAGAAGAAGAAGAAGAAGAAGAAGAAGAACAAGAACAAGAACAAGAAGAAGAAGGGGAGGACGUGAGAAAAGGCGCCCAGGGCCGUUGGAGCGAGAGCGACGAGAUUGCGCUCCUUAACGGAAUGAUCCGGUACAAAUCUGAAAGGGGUUCCGAUCCCUCUUCUGACAUGGACGCUUUUCUCGAUUACAUCCAGAAAUCGCUCCAGCACAAUGUCUCCAAGACCGCCCUGGUGACCAAAGUGAGGAGGUUGAAGGUCAAGUAUCAGAGCAAGGACGAUGGUGAUUCCCCUGUGUUCUCUAAGCCACAUGAACAGAAAUCUCUUAAGCUGGCUAGGAAGAUCUGGGGGCCUGAGAGUCAGAAGAGUAGUAAGAAGAGCAAGAUUGGUCCUCGUGUUGGGGUUACCCUAGCUUUGCCUAAGCAUCAACCUAGUGGCAGCCUUGCCCCCAGUGCCAAGAAGCCAAGGAGGGUCUCAAACAACAGCCGCCCGGAGAAUGGAGAAGCCAAAACGGUUGCUGCCCAGGUUGAACAAGGAAAAGAAGUCAAGGAAGGAGAGAUGGAAGAGGAGGAGAAGAAGAAGAAGAAGAAGUUGUGUGAGAAGUAUCCUUCUGUAAUAGCAUCCAUGACAGGGCAAUCAGUUGAGGAGAAAGUGAGAAAGGUUUUUAUGAAUGAGGUCGGAAAUAUUGAUGAGGCAAAAUUGAAGGAUUGGGAGUCUAGGUGGAAUCAGCUGAAAAGGGCUCAGUUGCAGCUGUUCGUGCAGCACAAGUCGUUGCAAGUUGAACAAGUGAGAGAGGUACUGAAUGUGUGCAGGUCUGGAUGACAAGCAGCUUCCUUUGUUAUGCAUGCUAUGGGCUUUUGUCAGAAUUGGAGGAAGUUGGUUAAUGGUGAAUUGGUGAUACUACUAGUAUAGGAGGAUUUUGUCAAUUGUGGUUGUCUUCAAUCCAAUUGUUCGGUUUGUGCUAGCAUGGAAUGCUUCUUGUGUGCUUUGUAAUUAAGUUUCGGUAUAGUUUUCGUUAGCCUUCACUUCACUUAUGGAGGAGAAAGUUUCAAGGUCUUUAGGCGAAGAGCAAGAAAGAAGAGAUCAAUUCACGAUACCAUGGAAGUACUAUUGCCAUGAUCAAAACCACGUUGUAGGUUACAGUUGUGUGUGCACAAAGCGAAGAUAUAUAAGUUGUGACGAACCCCCUCUAAACUCUGUUAUUUACAAAACCACCCUUUCAUUGUUGUAGUAUAAAUUGAAC